CGUGGGAGCAGUUUCCGAUGGUUGCCCGCAUAUGGAUUGAGCAGUUGCAGCGGCCGCCAACUGGGGUGGCUGCCAUGUGUGACCAGCACUACAUGGAGUGGUACAACCGGCACUCGCACCCGAGGUUGAUCAGAGACGUCCACCACGGCGACGACGCCGAUGAUGAUGAUGUGCCACCGCCCACUGCCGUGGAUGCGUGGAUGGGAAAGAUGACGCAGUUGGGACACAGACUUUUUGAGGAGAGGGACAACAUGACGACUGCAACAGGCAGAGCUGCUAUUGAUGAACUGGAACGGGCCCUUGAGCAGUGGCAGUGGGCGUCACAGAGAGAUUAUUGAUAUGUCGGCAGUGCAUUUAUAAAACAUUUUCCUAGUUGUUUGUAAAAGUUAACAUUAUCUGUUCUUAUAAUUAUUAUUUUAAGUUCUUAGAAUUUGACAUUAUAUUUUUAGUUUUUAUAACUUUUAUUUUAAGUUGUAAUUAGUGGGCAUACGAAAACUAAAUACAGGUUCACAUUUAAAUGGGAAAACUAAAUACGAAAAUUAGAA